AUCCCGAGAUACUUACAGUCCGCAGUCUUGAAGUUCUCUUUCAUCAAUAUGGACGUACGUAAAUUUUCCACUCACAUACUGGACACUUCCGUGGGUGAAGCUGCCGCCAAUGUCCGCGUAACCGUUUCCAGGCUGGACGAGCUACAGGAGUGGAAAUCCCUUCGAGCGGCCAAAACCAAUGAGGAUGGUCGGUGCCAGCUCUUGGAGCCUGGCCAAUUUCCCAGUGGCAUCUACAAGCUGACGUUCCAUGUCGGAUCUUAUUUUGCCGCGCGCAAUGUGAAGACUCUGUAUCCCGUUAUUGAGAUCAUUGCGGACUGCAGCGAAAAUCAGCACUAUCAUAUUCCCCUCUUGCUUAAUCCCUAUGGAUACUCUACAUAUCGCGGUACAUAAACGAAGAACUACUAUUUAAAACUAUUUCACAUAUGUGGUUAAAAAUAAAAAUAAAGAUAUUUUGCAAAA